ACACCAACACACACUAUCGCUGCCUCAGCAGCGCAGAACUACUCAAAACGGCCCACGCACACGCGUUAAUUUCGUUUCGAGUCAACAAAGGCGAGCCCGCCGCUCGCCCUUUGUCCCCGGCGCAGCCUAGAGGUUGCCUCUUAUUCUGGAGGAAGCCAGCCCGACCGGUCACACCGCCGCAUUUCCGACCAAACGACGCCGCGGAGCUCGUAGGAGAGCACCAUCCCCAUCACCACCAGCACCACCACCCGCGCCUUCAACCGGACAAAAUGGGUUGCGCCAGCUCCAAGGAGGAGGUGGCCCUGACGCCCCUCAGCGACGUGAAUGCCGCCAAGGAGGUAGCUGACCUUAAGGCCCAGGUGGACCAGCUGAAGCGUCAGCUGGCGUCCGCAGGCCAAAGCGCGGCUCCCGCGGCUGCGGGGGCGGUGAAGGGCGGUGUUGUGGAGACGUUGUUCUUCCCGGACGAGAAGCUCCCCUGCCGCAACAACAGGCGGCCGGGCGGCUGCAAGCGCCAGCACUGCGAGUACUCGCACACUCCUACCAGCCUGUCCCGCUUCCUGGACUACCUGGGGAGCGCCACCCGCACCCUGGACAUCUGCGUCUUCACCAUCACCAAUGACGACAUCAGUGACGUGGUGCUGGAGCUGCACAACAAGGGCGUGCGCGUGCGCAUUAUCUCGGACAAUGACCAGGCGCACACGCAGGGCUCCGACAUUGACAAGUUCCGGCAGGCUGGCAUCGCCGUGCGCCAGGACAAGACCGCGGCGCACAUGCACCAUAAGUUUGCCAUCAUUGACGGCCGGCUGCUGCUGAACGGCUCCUUCAACUGGACGCGGCAGGCGGUGACCGCCAAUAACGAGAACGUGACGGUACUCAGCGACCCGAAACUCAUUGCCUCGUUCCAGCAGCAGUUCGACAAGCUCUGGGACAUGUUCAAGUAAGGAUGCGGAACUAAACCGCUGUGACUUCGGGUGUGCAUUGCAUGUCCCCCAUACGUGUGCAUGUGACCUUGUGUGCGAAGUGGAUGAUGCUGGUUUGGUGUACGGUAUGGGACAAGUGAGCAGAUGUGGGUUACCACAGCUUGCGUUUGUUUUAAGGUACGGUAAUGGUAUCUCAGUGCUGUCAAAAAGAGUAACCCGGGAACUUUUUGAGGAACAGCAAACAAUAAGCCGCUGGUGAGAUAAGAGCCGCAACAGGAGUUCUCCUUUGCAAUCCGUUCAAGGGUGCUGGCACUACAACUGCUUACGUUGCGGGCUGACAUGUUGAUAUGGCUGAUGGAUUCUACACCAGAGUGGUAAUAUAUCGAGUGUACCGUUUAGGUUUUGUGGCAGUGCUUGCUGGAGACCACAGUUAACGCAGCCUACUUCUCACGGUGAACACAUGGUACUGUACAUGUGAAGAGCUGAUUUGCUUGAACUGCUCCAAGUGAGUUUAUGCGUACCGUAUCAAAUGCAAGGCCGUUAUGUGGAGAAGUAGGUAGCAUGAGUCGUGGACUAAGCUUUGCCCAGCACUGCCCAAACCCGCGAGCGCGCAUGCGAUGGGGGGGCCGUGACUACAUCCGGUGCGUAAUGCGCAUGGCAUGUCUGCUGCUGUGGCCAGGGGUACCCCUGGCCCCAUGGCUAUGGCUUUGUGGCGUUUGUGCAGUCCGCACACUGCUUUGUGCAGGCUGCCGGCUUGUGGGCUGUGUUGAGAGUGCGGUUCGACCAGACGUGGUGUGCAGGUCUGAGGAAUCAGUGGAAUCGCUGUAAGGCAUGGUGCAAGGGUUGGCCUUGUCAGCCUGUUCCUUGAACGUCGAUAGGAGGGGUUAGGUGUACAGAGUUGACAUGAAGUACGGAGUACACGGUUUGCAUGGAGGCACGAAGUGUAGACAAUGCCUGGCCGCCACCACCCCAUGCAUGUUUGGGGCUGUAGCCUGGGCGCUGCUGCAGCAGGCCCCCGUGCCGUCGCCAUCGGGCUUGUACUUGCCAGGGGUACGCCUGGUAUGUGUGCGAUACAUUUGAGGACCGGCAUCAUGUUGUGUUACAUCAUGGAUGAGGCGCUAGCAUCGCCAGCGCUCGUAUCUUACGAAGGCAGGGGCGGCGUCACCGCGUCAGUGGCCGAAAUGGGGCUAGCUGAGAACAUGUAAACCUGAAAGUAG